AUGGCUAGCACUGAAGAAGAAAAUAUGACCCAAAUUUCAGAAUUUAUCCUUUUGGGUUUUGGGGAUCUCCAUGGUCUUCAAUAUCUUCUUUUUGGGAUAUUUUUGACCACAUAUGUGGUGACUCUUAUGGGCAACAUUAUAAUCCUAACUGUGGUUUUGGCUGAUCAUUCCCUUCAUACUCCCAUGUAUUUCUUUCUCGGUCACUUCUCCUUCCUAGAGAUUGGCUAUACUACUACUAUUGAGCCCAUGAUGCUGAGAACAUUGCUAUCAGCUCAUGUGCCUAUUUCUUUCCCAGACUGUGCUAACCAGUUUUAUUUUUUUGCUGCCCUGGUAGCUACAGAAUGCUUCUUACUGGCUGUAAUGUCCUAUGAUCGUUUCAUAGCCAUCUGUAACCCAUUGUAUUAUUCCAGAAUUAUGGACCACUGGCGUUGCUUCCAGCUAGCUGGUGCCUGUUGGGUGGCUGGAUUUCUGGCACCCAUCCUUCUCAUGGUCCUUAUUUUUCAGCUAACAUUCUGUGCUGCCAAUGAGAUUGACCACUUCUUUUGUGAUUUGAAACCCAUCAUGAAACUGGCCUGCACUGAUACUCAAGUAGCUGAGAUGACCUCUUUUAUAUGCACCUCUUUAUUUGCCCUCGGCCCCUUUCUGCUAACUCUGGCUUCUUAUACUCACAUCAUCUCCACCAUUCUAAAGAUUCCUUCCAUCAAAGGCAAGCAGAGAGCCUUCUCCACCUGUUCCUCCCAUCUGACAGUGGUUGGUCUGUAUUAUGGGACCCUGGGCAUUGUCUAUGGCUUCCCAUCAGGACAUCAGAGUGAAUAUUUAUUGAAGUUGCUUUCCCUUCUGUACACAGUGCUUACCCCUGCCCUUAACCCUAUUAUUUACACUUUAAGGAACAGGGAUGUAAAGGUAGCUCUGAGAAAACUGGUAUAA